CUAAAUAAUUCAUCAGCGCGCUAAUUGUUCGACUGAAUCUCUUGGCCGUCGAGAGAUUGCGACGACAACCCGAGCGACCGAGCGGGAGAGAGAGAGAGAGAGAGAGAGAGAGAGAGAGAGAGAGAGAGAGAGAGAGAGAGAUGGGUUGGGGAUCGGCCCUAGUACGCACGGCGGGUCGUGCAGUUGGGAGAUUGCCACGUGGAAGCUUGUCCUUAGGCCUGCCAGCGAAAUGCAUGUCAGCGGCGACGAUGAUGCAGACACGUGGAUUGAUGUGGAGCGUGGAGAAGGAGCAGGGUCAUACGUAUAAGCCCGUGGAAGAGAUCAUCGAUCAUAAUCGGAUUACGUUGGCCAUGGAAUCGACGAUGGAGGCUUCUAAGGACAGCAGUCGAAUUAAGGAAAUUCUAGAAGCAGCGCGGGAAAGGUCGUUCCUCAAGGACCACACACCUACCAAGUCGGAGUACGUUCAGGGGCUGACAGUGGAGGAGAUGGCGACCCUGUUGAAUGUUGAUCCAGCAAAUGAGGAAAUCAUGAACGAGAUCUAUGAUACUGCCUUUGCUAUCAAGAACCGCAUCUAUGGGAACCGGAUUGUUCUCUUUGCGCCACUGUACAUUGCCAAUUACUGCGUCAAUCAAUGUACCUACUGUUCGUUUCGGGCACCCAACAAGACAAUUGCGCGUACGGUCUUGACGGAUGAGCAGAUUCGACAAGAGGUUGAGGCUCUUGAGAAGCAGGGGCAUCGACGCUUGCUUGUGCUGACAGGAGAGCAUCCGAAGUACACUUUUGACUCGUUCUUGCACGCGCUGCAUGUGGUGUCUGAGGUUCGCACAGAGCCCUGCGGCAACAUUCGGCGAAUCAAUGUCGAGAUACCGUCGCUCUCGGUAUCGGACAUGAAGAGACUCAAGGCGACUGAUGUCGUUGGCACGUACACACUCUUCCAGGAGACGUAUCAUCAGCCUACAUUCAAAGUCAUGCAUCCUGCAGGUCCGAAAAGCGAUUAUCCGCACCGCCUUCUGACGAUGGACAGGGCAUUCCGUGGUGGCGUGGACGAUGUUGGUCUGGGGGUUUUAUUUGGUCUGUAUGAUUACCGGUACGAGUGCCUUGCCAUGGUCAUGCAUGCAAAUCACCUCGAGGCAGAAUACGGAGCCGGUCCGCACACGAUUUCUGUGCCGAGGAUGAGGCCGGCAGAAGGUGCCGAGACGUCUGUCAACCCCCCUUACCCGGUCGACGACGCACAUUUCAGGAAAUUGGUUGCGAUCCUGCGAAUUGCUGUGCCGUACACGGGGAUGAUUUUAUCGACCAGGGAAUCGCCGGAGAUGCGAGCAGAGCUUCUAAAGGUUGGGAUGAGUCAGAUGUCUGCAGGUUCGAGAACGGACGUGGGUGCCUACCACAGACAAGCUGACGAUACCACUGAGCAGAACUUGGGAAACCUUGCCGGGCAGUUCACGCUAAGCGAUCACCGUCCGGUUGCGGAGAUCGUGGAGCAUCUGAUCAGAAACAACUAUGUGCCGUCUUGGUGCACAGCAUGCUACAGGAAAGGGAGAACAGGCGAGGCGUUCAUGAAGAUCGCUAAAGCGGGGAACAUACACAACUUCUGCCAUCCGAACUCUCUGCUGACGUUACAAGAGUACUUGCAGGACUAUGCGAGCGAGGAUUUGAAGAAGAUCGGCGAGGAGCUGAUAGCCAAGGAGUCGAGUACAGGUCUGUCCGAUUCGGCGCAACGAGUUUUGGAUAGAAAAAUGUCAAAGAUCACAGAUAUCCAAACACUGACAAUCGGUUAUGGGAAGCAUCCGGCGUCACUGGGUAAAGGGGCAAGAUUGGUCUGGAUCGCGCAAGAUCAGAGAAUCGCAGCUAUGUUCAAGGAGGCAACAGAAGGCAGCGCCAGCGGAGAUAACAUAUGUUAGUGCAUGACCAGCCUGCGUCCGCUCGUUCGUUUCUUCGUUCGGUCUUGGGCUGCUGGAGGUUGGGAGUGAGGUGAGGUCUGACGGAGAGAUCUAUCCUCUCGUGUGUGUGUGUGUGUGUGUGUGUGUAUGUGUGUAUGUGAGAUAAAGAGAGAUGUGUGUAUGUGUGUGUGUGUGUGUGUGUGUGUGUGUGUGUGUGUGUGAGAGAGAGAGAGAGAGAGAGGUGUUUGUAGUGUGUGUAGUGUGUGUUAGAGAGAGAGAGAGAGAGAGAGAGAGAGAGAGCUACAUGUUGAUGUUGCUGUGAGUGGAGGAUAGUGUUUAGGUUUUGAAGGCCGGUAUUGCUGUGACUGGUGUUAUUCUUCAAUCCACCCUUUUUCUUAACUUUUUAUUACUUUUUAAUAAAUUUAAUAAAAUCCG